AUAUGAGAUUCAGCAGAGCUUGGGCGCAUCCGCCUUCAGCGACCACCAAGAUGUUAACAAUGAAGAUGGCCUGGAAGGUUAGUUUGAUGGUCCUAUUGCUACCUGACUCAUGUUCAAUUUUUCGCACAACACAGUUUUAACAAUCUUGUGCUUCAGAUGUUUCCUGCUGCAGCGCUUGCCUUCAGAAUAAAAAUUAGAAUUCAAGUUAACACCCUUGAUACUGCGAGACAUCAACCACUCAGCAUAGCGCAUGUAAAAACACAAAAAGACCUAAGUGUAAUCACCGGUCUUCCAUGCUACCAGCUACUUUAUAGUAUUUGUGAUGUGUACACUGACAGCCAUAUGCUUAUGCAGCCAAAAAGCUUUUGCCUAUGACACGAAGAUGCAGUGCUAGUGACUAUGAUGAAGCUCCACCACAACGUGCCAUUUUCACUAAUUGGGCUACUUUUUGGCAUUCAUCGCAUUACAGCAGCAGAUGUAUUCAAAGCAACAAUUGCAACCCUAGCAGAAAUACUGCAAACCGCAGUAUUCCGGCCAAGCAAAGAGGCGGUUGUCGACAACCUCACCGUCCAUUUUGAGGAAUACCCAAAUGUGCGAGCAGUUUUGAACUGGACGAAAAUCCCACUGCAAAGACCAAAGGAUCUGGAGUCACAGCUACUCACGUACAGCUGGUACAAGGGUACAUAUACAGCUAAGGUUUUAGUCUGUGAAACACCUGGAGGCCAUAUUAGCUUUCUGAGCAAGGCAUAUGGUGGAAGUCCAUCCGAUUCCUUUAUUACAAAGGAAAGUAAAAUUCUUGAGAAGUUUUUGCCUUCUAUAGAUAGUGUAAUGGUUGACAAGGGCUUUCUAACCGAUGAACUCUGCCUUCAAAACCAUGCAACCAUGGUUCGCCCUCCAUUUUUACGCAAAAAGAAACACCUUACACAGCGUGAAGCUCAACAAAACCAGAUCAUUGCAGCUGCCCGCGUUCAUAUAGAACGCGCCAUUCAGCGUAUGAAAGUGUUCAGAAUUCUGUCGGGAAAACUUGGCACUGAGCUUUUCCCAUGCAAUGAUGAUAUUUUAACCGUCAUUGCAGGAAUUGUUAAUUUGUCAAAACCGAUUUUCAGUGCUGAGAAGUUCUUGUAUGAGUGAAAUAGCUUUGUGACAUGCCUAAAAGGGGCAUUACAUCCUCAUCAGUGUCAGGGUGCCACCAGUUCACUUGAAAGGCCAGUAAUGCAGCAACAUGUUAUGCAUGCACUGAGAACAGUUUCAGUGUGUUUUGCAUUGCUUCUCAACCAUGCCCAAUACGCUUCAGAAGAGCUA